UUUAAAAUUCAUCUGGAAAAAUUGAUAUAAAAAACAAGCAAAGAAAAACCAUAACAUGGAUUAUAUGUCAGAUAUUAUUAGUGUAAACUGCAGAGAUAAACUUCUGGUCUGCAGCUAUUAAAGUUUGUAUCUGGUGAAACCAGUGAUGAACUGGUAGUGAUCAGCUUUGAUCUGUGAACAUCUUAAAUAUUCACUGAGACACAAAAACUGACCAGGAGAGAUAAAUAAUUAACCUGAUAGUGCUGCAGGAUUUAGAAACAUUGAGAUGAAGCAAAAAUAGAAUUAGUAUUUUUCAGUUUGCAAAGUAAAAUUUUACCUUCUAGGAAAUGUUUUUCUGAUGGUUAUGAAUCAGGUUUCUGACAUUUCCUGGUUCAUUAUGUAAAUAGAGUCCAUAAAAAGAUUUUUUCAUGUUUCCAACAGUAAACAGAGUGAAUAAGGAGUGACUGUAUAAAGUCGCCUGUUUCUGAUGAUCCGAUCUUUGUUUAGCAGAACCGAUUCGUUCAUCAUGUUUCUCUCUGUGCUGCUGGUGAUGAUGAUGAUGGUCAGAUGGACAGAAGCUGGUUAUACUGGUACUGUGUUAUCUCACACCUCUAAAGAUGUACAAGGAAGCAGUUUUACAGUUGUGCGUCGCUUUAAGUUGAGCUUCACCUCAUGUGGAGAGAUUGAGUCAUGGUGGUGCUGCACUAAGAAGAUUGAUGAAAGCAGCGGUGAAUGGUGUCUGAAAGAGUACACUGACAAGAUCACUAGUUGGAGUUUCGAAUAUUACUGGAACUGGUGGGAUAGUAGAACCUGGAUAAACAACAGAAACAGUGUUUCAGCUUUGCGAUUUAAGACGACAUAUGAGCUGAGAAAACGAUCCGACAUCAACAGACCGAAUUCAUCACCACAGACAGCGAUCCUCCCUCUUAUGAGAGUUCCCUCAAACUGUCAGAGGAAUAUCAACUUGUUGACCUUUGACCCUGAUGGGGAUCAUGUUGAAUGCAGACAUGGAUCCAAUCCCAGUAUCUAUGAAUGCUCCACCUGCACAGCACCGUCUGUCCUCAGUCUCUCAUCAUCUUGUUGUCUAUCAUUCAGUCCAACUAGCAGCAGUUAUGAAGAUUCAUAUGCAGUUCAGCUGGUAAUGGAGGAUUUUCCCAGACAGACCAUCAUUCUGACCCAUUACGGUGGUACAAAUUAUUCAUGGAGCCCCAGCAGCUUCAUGAGCCAAAUCCCUGUCCAGUUUGUUUUCAAAGUGGAUCCUGCAGCUCCGUCCUGCACAGCAGGUGAAUAUCUGCCCAGAUUUCUGCCUCCAACUCCUGAACAUGGAGCUCAGUUCUUCAUAAACGUUAAUGAGACGAUAGAAAUCAACAUCAGAGCAGAGGCGACUCAGUCUGUGAUCACUGAGCUCCUGUUCAGCGGACCGAUCAACAUGAUCAAGAAUUCAUCUGGUUCAGGAUAUUUCACCCUGAGAUGGACGCCGUCUGUCAGUCAAAAUGAUGAUAAUGAAAGCCAUCCCAUCUGUUUUGUUGCCCAGGCAACUGCCUCCAGUUCUAUCUACCAGUCUGAGCUUCGAUGUGUCAUUGUGAGGGUUGGAAACACACCUUUCAUUGCGACUCCAAGUCCUCCUCCUAAAACAUCUCGUCUUACGGUUCUGGAGCUGAAGAUCUCGACUACGCUGUCACUGAAAGACAAUAAAGAUAAAAUUGAGAAAGCGAUUAAAGAUGAACUGAUCAGACGAGGGCUGCCUCCAGACAUAAAGGUCCGCCUGCUGAGCGACGGUUCAGUGAAGGUUAAUAACUAACCGCCCCCUAGUGGCUAACAAUGAAAAUGAAUCUGAUCCAAGCAGAGGAAUAUUACUGGGUUUAUCUAUUUUUACUUCUUGUACGUUUUAAUAAAUCUGGGGACUUAUGGUUGUUUUAGUUAGUUUGGGAAUACAAGUUUGAUUUGAGUGAUUUGUAAGUGAUGUUACACAGUACUUAGUCUUUCAUUUAUGGGUUAAUCAGUUGUAGUUAAAUUAGGAAGGUUUUCAUUCAUUUAAUUUUUUAAGUUUGUAUUGAUCUUAAACUGAUUAUGUUAUUCAAUUUUCUUAAUGAACAUUAUCUGGUAUGUGUAUUAAUUCUUUGUAAUCAAACUUCUGUUUAACUCUGACAUGUGGGGUCAUCAAGGGGUCAUCGAGGGGUCAAGGAGAGCGCUGUGUGGUCUCAGAAACCAGUCUGAGGUUGCUUAGGAUGGUAGAGAGGACAACUUAGUGGAACGCUCCAGUUUACUGAUAAACUCAGUCCCACGUCAUUGAGAAGAAUAUUUUGUUCAAAAUAACACCUGGAUUAUCUCUGGGUGGAAAAUCAUCAUGAAGGAGAGCGUCCAUCUCCUGACUGCCGACGUCAGGACGGCCCAGGUAGAAAACCCACCUGGACACAGCGAGGUAUAAAUGUAUGUGAGCUACAACAGUCAGUCAGAUCACUGGGUGAGACACGGUGCUCUCUGAAGACACGUCUCUAUAUCUUUAUCUAGGUGAUUCAUAUUUCCUUUUAUUUGUGAUAAUCAAUGAUCAUGUUGGGAUGUUGGUGUGAUUUUAUGCUUUUGAUUGAUUGAAUAAAAUAUUGAUUGAUCUGUGA